GUAAGAGAUUUAUUUGUAAUUGUUGAAAUUAAUCUAUUUCUCAAAGAUGCCUCGUGGAACACUUCAUGUUAAUUUGAUAUGUGCUAAAGGCCUUAGCAACAAUGAUUUUCUCACCAAUGUAGAUCCUUAUGUUAUUCUCACAUAUCGGUCACAGGAGCACAAAAGCAGUGUGUCACAAGGUGCUGGAUCCAACCCAAAGUGGAAUGAGGUAUUUCUUUUUACAGUUUCUGAUGAUGUUUGUGAAAUUGAUAUGAAAUUAAUGGAUGAAGAUAGUUUUACUCAAGAUGAUUUUCUUGGCAGGGCAAUAAUUCCUUUCCAUUCAGUGUUUUAUGAGGGUAUCAUCCCAACAGCUGUUUACAGUGUAGUUAAUGACAAUAAAGAAUAUUGUGGAGAAAUUCAUGUGGCUUUCACUUUUACUCCUGAGGAAUGUUUGUGAUGCGAUCCAACUCUCAUAGAAGACUCGAGUAAAAUUAAGAUGAGAUAAAAGAGCAAGGCUCAAGUAAAGUUAAGCAUAUCUGAAAGCGUUUAGGGUGGAUGAAGGAUUAUCAUGUUUACAUAUAUGAUUUUUGUAAUUUUAUAUUAUUUCUAUUCAACAAUUGAUGCUAGUUUGUUAUGUGUUGUUAAGGGCCAAUAAAAUAUUAUGUGAUCAUUCACUCUUGAGAGAAUUUAUGUGGAUCGAUAUAUUUUAGUUAGAUGAUAGGAAGUGAUGUGGGGUUUUCAGUUGUCUUUUUAUUAGAUUAGUCGUUUAUUUCA